AUGCCGGGAUUUUCCAAGUAUUUCCUGGGCGCGGCCCUCCUUCUGGCAUCCCCGGCGACUUGCCUCACGGCGUGGUAUACAGCGCUGAGCCCUCAUGUGGCCAUGCAAGACCUGGAAACAGGCAACAUCCUGUACAGUGCUUGUAACAGCAACUCCACGCCCAUCUUCCCUACCGACGGUCUCAACGCCUUCCGCAUUCAGAGGAAACCUCGAAACGGCACAUCGCUGGCCGCCGCCGGAUGGUACGAUGUCGAGGGAAAGACGACAGUGGCUUCCCUGUUUUUCCAAGCCGAAGACGGCUCUUUAAUAAACGGCUACUACCUCUGCGAUUUCGCCUCGGGCCAUUACGUCGUCAAGGGCGAGUACACCAUCUCCGCGACGGCCGCCGUCACUUCUAUUCACAACGAGACGGGCUUGUCGGUCGAACUGCUAGGCGCCGAGGACGGAUACCGCGUCUACUUCCACGACGAGCAGAAGAAGGUCAAUGCCAUGGCAUAUACGACCAAGACCGACUGGCACCUGGAGGGGCUCGUCUCGCAAGACCCGGUAGGAGGAAUGGGCCUGGCCUCGGCGCACUAUAGCCAGCAGAACAUAACCGUCAUCUAUGCCAAAGACGCGGAGAACUUUGAAACCGCAAGGUACUUCAAGGACGAUACGUGGCGUCUUGCCACGCUGCCUCGACCCCUCGUCGGUGGCCAGGUGAGCGGGAAAACAAACUCUUCCAGCAUCACCCUCGAUUCGUCCAUCAAACCCAACUUCACCUUGCCCGCUUUCGCAAGCGACCUGACCGGACUAGACGUGAUAGUCGAUCGGGCCAAUGUGCGCAACAUCCUCUAUCUGGGAACCGACGCGAAGCUGCACCAAGUAACGAACAUCGGCGACCAAUGGAAGCUGAUGCCGGACCAGGAAUCACUCCAGUGGCCUGUAGCGGAUUCCCCUUAUGGUCCUUUUGCGGCGACAAGCAAUUACGAGACGAGCGAAGCAUGGAUAUGGUAUCCAUCCAACGGCAAUCUGGUACAGCUUUACCAGAACGCCACUGGUUCGUGGACGCAGGCCACGACGGUGCCCAGCGUCAACACGACGUCAACAGCGUCACAAAUCCCGGAAGCAGCGAAACCGGUCGUGCUUUCAACUGGUGCCAAGGCAGGCAUCGGCAUCGGCAUUUCCUUUGCGGUCGUCGCCCUUGCCGGUGUCGGCCUCCUUCUUCUCAAGCGAAGAAGACGGAAACAAGCGGCGGCGGCGGCCGAGGCGGCCCGUCUCAAGGAAGCGGAAGCCACGGCCAACGGGUGGGGCACCUAUUCGCCGAUGGAGAAGCACGGGUCCGAGGUGUUUGAGGCGGACGCCGCGCCGGCCCCGCAAGAGCUGAUGGAUACGGUCGAAAGGUUCGAGCUCGUGGGAGAAGGACAUUGGAGAGAAAUGGACGCGACAGGGCAGAACGGGGCCAGGAGAAGCAUCGGAGGCUGGAGAGAGGAGCAGAAAGCAAGAGGGAUGCAGGACGAGAAGAAAUAA